AUGCAAAAUAAUACUGAAAUUAAUACAAGAGAAAAGGAAGAAAUUCAUAUUUUAGAACUUGGCAAAAUAUGUUUUUGGUCUGCACUUUCAUAUUUUUCAUUACUUAGUGGUUUUGAUGUUUAUGAAGUCUUUAGAGUUUGUAAUGGUGGACCCAGACUUAGAGAUAUUGAAGAUGCUACUUGUACGGCUUCAAUACUUCGUGCAAUUCCAAAAUUUUUAAUAUCAUUGACUUUAUGUCUAGAAGCUUUGAUGAUCUCGAUCCUGUCAAGAGCUUACUAUAAAUUUGAAAUGCUUAUAUUAUUAUUGGAAGAAAAAUUUUGUUUGAUUACCUUGAUAAAGAUUAUAGUGCCAUUAUUAGUUCUAGCACCACCAUUUUGGCGGUUUGUGAAGUACAUACUACGAGAUGGUUAUAGAAUAGUAUUAGGUUAA